AAAAGGGACAAAUUGGUAAUUUCGAAAGUCAAAGCCAGAGGAGAAGCUACUACUAUUUAUUUCUCCAACUGUCUGUAAACGAGGAAUUUACAACCGCAAGUCAAAGGAUUUAAAAUAAGUAGUUAUGGUUGUAUCUGUCGUUCUUCUUUCUCUUAUGAACUAAAGGCCGUUGGAAGAAGCAACACACACACAGUGAACUACACAGUUUACAGAUUCGUUUUCUUUCGCUCAAUCGAAUUAAUUCAUUUAUUAAUCAGUCUAUUUAAAUAAUGGAGGAUGAUAAUACAGUAUUAAAUAAAUAAAUAUUCUAGGAAUUAAAUCAGACAUGCGCAGUUAUAUAAUAAUCAGUUUGAUUUUCUUUUCCUUUUCGAGCCCCUCUCUCUCUCACUCUUUCUUUCCAAGAACCCAAAAAGAAAAGCUAUUAAUCCUUUCCCUCGUGAGGAAAUCAUUUCUUCUUGUUUCUCGAGAUUUUUAUUCUCUAUCUCUCUCUGUGUUUCGUGUCUUCAGAUUAGUUGAUGUUUCGUUCAGACAAGACGGAAAAAAUGGAUAAACGACGACGGAGACAGAGUAAAGCCAAGGCUUCUUGUUCCGAAGAGGUGAGUAGUAUCGAAUGGGAAGCUGUGAAGAUGUCGGAAGAGAUGUAUAAACUCGUUGGCGACAGGUGGGAGUUGAUCGCCGGCAGGAUCCCGGGACGGACGCCGGAGGAGAUAGAAAGAUAUUGGCUUAUGAAACACGGCGUCGUUUUUGCCAACAGACGAAGAGAGGUUUUUAGGAAAUGAUUUUUUUUGUUUGGAUAAAAAGAAAUUUUUCCUCUCCUUAAUUCACAAGACAAGAAAAAAAGGAAAUGUACCUGUCCUGGAAUUACUAUUUUGGAAUGUAUAAUUAUCUAUAUAUAUAAGAAAAAAUUGCUUAGGAAUUUCAAAUU